GGGUUGCUAGGCAACGCGUAAACUCUGCAACUUGGAGCCGUUUGAGAAGCCCUUAGGACCUCGGACCUAAGUCCCCACCCGCGGGAGAAGCGGACAGAGGUUACUUUUAGCCGCCACGAUGGAGAUAGUCUACGUGUAUGUGAAGAAUCGCAGCGAGUUUGGGAAGCAAUGCAACUUCAGCGACCGGCAGGCAGAGCUGAGCAUCGACAUCCCACCCAAUCCAGAGCUCAUGGAACAGUUUGUCAUUCGGGAUCCUGUGGAUACAGGGAUUCAGUGUUCUUAUGACAUGUCAGAGCAUGAGGUCAACACAGAGAGAUUUGAGAUGGAGACCCGAGGAAUUAAUCACUUAGAAGGGGGCUGGCCCAAAGAUGUGAAUCCACAAGAAUUGGAGCAGACGAUACGAUUCCGGAAGAAAGUGGAAAAGGAUGAGAAUUAUAUCAAUGCCAUCAUGCAGCUUGGUUAUGUGAUGGAGCACUGCAUUAAACAGAACAAUGCCAUUGAUAUUUAUGGGGAGUAUUUUGACGAAGAGGAUGAAGUAGAAGUAUCUGAUGAGGUUCUUUCAGCCAAAACUAUCAACGUUUUCAGGGACCCACAUGAAAUCAAACGUACAGCAACCCACCUGUCCUGGCACCCUGAUGCAAACCGGAAGUUAGCUGUGGCAUAUUCCUGUCUGGAUUUCCAACGGGCUGAUGUGAACAUGAGCUAUGACUCAUUCAUCUGGGACCUGGAAAAUCCAAACAAACCAGAGCUCAUUCUGAAGCCAUCUUCUCCCCUGGUGACCUUGGAGUACAACCCCAAAGAUUCACAUGUCCUGAUUGGAGGCUGCUACAAUGGGCAGAUUGCCUGCUGGGAUACUAGGAAGGGCAGUCUGGUGGCGGAGCUGUCCACCAUUGAGUUCAGCCACAGGGAUCCUGUUUUUGGUGCCCUCUGGCUGCAGUCGAAGACAGGCACAGAAUGUUUCUCCGCCUCCACGGAUGGACAGGUCAUGUGGUGGGAUAUCCGUAAGAUGAAUGAGCCCACAGAGGUCCUGAUCAUGGAUGUCUCCAGAAAGGGGGUGUUAGAAAAUGCCCUGGGAGCCAUCUCUCUUGAGUUUGAGCCAACCAUGCCAACCAAGUUCAUGGUGGGGACCGAGCAAGGAGUGGUGAUUUCCUGCAACCGAAAAGCCAAGACCAUAGCUGAGAAGAUUGUAUGCACCUUUUCUGGGCAUCACGGCCCCAUCUAUGCCUUGCAGAGAAAUCCUUUCUACCCCAAGAAUUUCCUGACUGUCGGUGACUGGACAGCCCGUAUCUGGUCCGAGGAAAGCCGGGAGUCAUGUAUCAUGUGGACCAAAUACCACAUGGCUUAUGUAACUGAUGGAGCAUGGAGCCCACAGAGACCAGCAGUUUUCUUCACAACUAAAAUGGAUGGAACAGUGGAUAUCUGGGACUUCGUAUUCAAACAAAGCGACCCUGCCCUCAGCCUGAAGGUGUGUGAUGAAGCCCUGUUCAGCCUCAAGGUGCAAGAUAAUGGCUGUUUCCUUGCCUGCGGAUCCCGGCUGGGGACAGUGACCCUGCUGGAGGUCUCUCCAGGACUGUGUACCCUCCAAAGGAACGAGAAGAAUGCAGCCUCCUCAAUCUUUGAACGAGAAACUCGCCGAGAGAAGAUCCUGGAAGCCCGGCACAGAGAGAUGCGCCUGAAAGAAAAAGGCAAGACUGAGGUUAGGGAGGAAGAAGGCGAAGGAGAAGUUAAAAUUAACCAGGAAGAGUUGCUGGCCUUAACUGAGAAAGAGUUCUUUGAUAUUAUCAAUUCUGAGACUAAGAGGAAAGGUGCUACUCUUAAGAAAGCUGGAUCAAAGAGAGACGAUGAGGACGGAAAGAGUCUUAAUGAAGAAGAUGAAAUAGAAUAUAAUGAGAGACAAGAGGAAGCUGAAGAGCCGGCAAAAGAAUAAAAGUGCAAUGGAAACCUGGUGAUCAUUUUCAUCAAAAGCCUCCAAUAAGAAAAUCAACAGUGGUGUUUGUUCUGAGACAAGGAGCCUCAUGGGGGGGAGAAAUAACAGCCCCACCACUCUGGUGGGUGUGGAAUGUGGAAUAGAAUGCAGAGACCCAUCCAAGGGACCGGCAUCUCCAACAAGAAUCUGCAAGAGGCAUGUCACCCAAACACAGCCAGCCAGUCCAGACGGCUACCCAGCCUCCCUUUAUUUAUUCAUGUACCUAUUUUGUUUCUGUUUUGUGUUUUUCCCCCCUUUGGAUCGUUUCCAGUUAAUAGACAAAACCAAUAUGUUUCCUACUCAACUACUGAUUUUUUAGUCUUAUGUCUCUGGCUGACAAUUAUACAAAUAUAUUUACUGUUGGAAGAAUCUGGCCUACUUACUUUACCGGGGGGAUGUGACCUCUGUCUUUAAAUAGUUAAAGUAUUGACUAGUGGAAAAGGGAUUAAACACGGUCUUCUUGGCCUCUGAGAGCAGCCUUUGAACCAAUGGGUGGAAAUCAUAGGAAGAAAGAAUUCAGCUCAGUAAGUAGAAGAGCUUUCUCACAAUCAGAAAUGUCCAAAAAUGGAACAGAUUAUCUCGAAAGGUCUUGAGCUCUCCAGUACUGGCAGAAGCAAGAGGAUCACUUGUUGGGGAUCGGCUCUUGUAGAAGAGAUUUGUGCUUUUCAGUGGGGUUUAGACUCCGUGGCCUCUGAGGUCCUUUACAGAGCUAACACUACAUAAUUCUAAGAUACUGAGACUGGCCUAUUAGAUAAGGAUCAGGA